CAUUUAUGACUCGUGUGUGAGAAAAAGACCCACUUUGGAAACCUUUAAUUUUCUUCUAUAAAUACCUUGAUCCUCUCUAUCUAUCCAAAUAUAAAAAUAUAAUCCCCUCUAUAAGAACAUACAUAUCUCCCCCCACAGUCCCCACCCAUCCCAUUGAUCCCAAGAGCUUAUACAAUGGAAGAAAUGGCUUCUUUAUGGUGCUAUCAAGAGAACAUCUAUGAAUUGAAAGAUAGAUUACUCUACACCAGCUUGGAACUAGAAUCAUUGAAGAUUGAGGCGAUUGAGGAGUUGGGAAAAAACAAUGAGAAGAUGAAACAACUCAUCAAUGCAUUAAACCUAGCAUACAAGGAAAGAGAUGAAGCCAUAUCUCAAUACCAUACCCUUCUAAUUCUAAACAAAAUUCAUGAGGACCCUGUAAUUGAUCACCCGGAUGAUUCUUCUUCUUCCAUUAUCAUCGACAACUUCGUCAAGGGAAAGGAUUUGCCUCAAAAGGGGAUGUUAUUGAAGGCCGUUCUAGAUGCCGGUCCUCUGCUGCAGACGGUUCUUGUGGCUGGUCCCUUGCCCCAAUGGAGAAAUCCGCCGCCGGUUCUCACAUUUCCGGUUCCUCCAGUUGGGUUUAAGGAUCCUGGACCGGGGUCCUCGUUUGUUGAAAUGUCUUGUUCUUCUGCUGGGUCUUGUUUGGUUGGUGGUGGGAAAUGGGUGGCAGCUAAUUGUGACAAUAAUGUUAAUGGCUAUUGUCAAAUAGGGAAGAGGCAAAGGAUACGCUGAGAUAUGUUUGUUUGAUCUAGCUAGGGUAGAAUUGGGUCGGAUUUCUUUUUAAAAAUUUAAAUUUGAUCCUACUAAGUCGGUUAUACAUAACGCUAGAAAAACAUGUAUCUGAUAAAUUGAAUGUAUAAG